AUGCCCAUGGGCGUGCCCAUGACCACUUACCUGACAAUGUUCGCGGCUAGCCUCCUGGCCAUGUGCGUGGGGGCUGAAGCGGUGCACAGGUACUACUGGCCUGACCUGACCAUACCUGAUAUUUUACCAAAGCCUGGAGAAUGCAAAAUGGAACUUUUGGGACUGAAAGAGGGACAGCACAUUGAACAUGAACCUCAAAUUUCUCAGCAAUAG